AUGCCGUGUUGUCUCGUUCAAACCCACACUGUGUGUACAUCUCCCUGGCCUCAUUCUUAUUCGUCACCUGUAUUCAUUCCCCGUUAUUUUAUUGAUCCAACUACUGUACCCGUAUCAUCUUAUAUAUCUGAAGUACCGAUCGUAUCAGCAAAUUAUUCAAUUCGAGAUCGUCGUGCCCUGCCUAACUGCAGCAGGUCGUUACGAAUCAAUAAAGGAUUGAAGUUUGUCGACUUUCAAACAACAUACUUUCAAGCCGUAAAGCGGAAACAGUCCUCUCAUAGAUCCGGCAGUCUUUGA